UGUCCUUAAAACAAUGGCAGUUUAUCUUAUAAUCUAUUUUGAACGAUAUACUUAUACGGUUUGUUUUAAAUCGCAUCGUUAACAAGUAUGGAAUCAUGUUUAUAACAGAAUAACAUGGCAAAUUUAACUUUAGUUAAUUAAUGGAGUACUUAACAAACCGGUCGAGUCCAACCCAUUAUCUAGGCCUCAUUUUUAUUUUCCUGACGUGCAUACCAUCACCUGUGUAUGGAGUAUCUCUGGGGGAUCCAUGUAUGACUAACAGUGAUUGUAGCGACCUUGGAAACUCCGAGUGCACCCGAAUAUUUGAUUGCGUCACCGGAAGUUGCACGUGUCAAACUGGAUAUGGAAACGAAACUGGAACUGGAUGUAACAAGAUAUUAAGCGGUUUUAAUGAGCCAUGUGGGACGGGGUAUUACUGUAAUGAGGCUAACCAAAUAUGUGACACAACAAUUGGUCGUUGUGCUUGCACCACAUGGUACGAUUACCAUACAACUGCGAAAGCAUGUGUUUUUAGGACUUACAAAAUACUGAAAGAGUCUUGCGGAGGGCAGUAUAACUUACAAUGUCUUCAAGCGCUUCUUGAUUCGGGCGGGGAAUGUGACGGAACUUGUGACUGUCGAUCUGGAUAUGUCGCCGACACAUCCGAAUCUUACACCACUUGCAGAGCACCGAGAUGGGGUGAAAGUUGCCAGUGGUUACCACAGUGUGUUGUUUCUUUCGAUACUACGACAAUAUCAGACGACACUUCAAACAAUGUGCCCACGUGCAGGAACAAUAUUUGCUCGUGCCCUCCAUCCCACGACCAUAGAUAUGUAAAUGGGUACCAUCUUUGCCUUAAUAAAGUUGACGAUGGUUUUGAGCGGUAUAAAAUCGGUGAAAGUUGUACACACUUCAGCGAAUGUGAAAGUUUCCUUUGUGUAAAAUGUCCUGGUGCAUCAAGCGGCGUAUGCAUGCAAGAUAUUCAAGAUAAAGAUUCGGGAGUCUCUAGUGUAGGACUGUUCUCAUCUAUACAUUUUGUAAUAAUACUACUGCAAAUAAUGGCCGGAUAUUUCUGAUGAUCUCCCGUACUUUAGCCGUCAACAAAUAGGAAGUUAGGAGAAAAUGCCGAAUGAUAAUAAUAUUUAAAUAUACAUGUAUACCGGUAUUUGAGUCAUCAUCACCAUCAUCGUCAAUACCGGUAUUUGAUUUAUCAUCAUCACCACCAUCAUCAUCAUCAUAUACAUUUUACAUUACAUGUGAAUCUACUUAUUGUAAGUUUAAAGUUAUUAACACUAUUUUCUUUCUGUCAAACAU